GGCCCUCGUCGUUGGCGUCCACUCAUUAUUUCGGCUCUGAUAUUUUGAACCUUGUGUCUUUGUCGUCCAUUCAUUCAUUGUCAGGACUACUUGUUGUGGGAGAAGCAAAAGCAAGAUGGGCAAGAACAAACGCAAGAGGACGAACCAUGCGUUGUUUCAUGCCGUGAAAGCUCGAAACCAAGGAGUAGAGUCUGUCAAACCAGUGAUAACGAGCCACGUUGCCACAACCACAGGCACUACUACUAGUGAAGAAAUUUCCGAUGCAGACUUGGCCACUACCAUUCGAACGUUGGAAACGUUGGUGUCCUCUUCCUCCAACUCGAUGAUAUUUCACAGCAAACGAUUCAAAGACUUGCGACGGACGUUGCAUCCGUUGGUGUUGGAACAAUUGCAGAGUUACGACAAGGGCGUGGACUAUCGACAGAAGGUGACGCACGCGUUGCAACACCACCAAUGGUCUGAUGCCUUGGCAGCACUUCAAGCGUGUCGUGAUUUUCAGCAAUAUCCCAAACAGGGAACUGUCCAACGAUGGGUCCGUGAUUGCAGUGCCUUGGAGGAGGAGGGGCAGAUGCCACUCUUGCAAGCCAUUUUGCGAUUGAGUGCCGCCGCAGGAGCGGGAGCCGGUGAUGGCAACAAGCAUGAUCCCGGACAGGCAUUGGCGGCUCAUUUGGCCAAUCAACCAGAAAGUAAAGACAAACUGGUCAUUCUGGAAGGAUGGAAGUGGUGGGAUAAUGAUAGCAACAGCAACAGCCAGAAUCAUGAUACCAGCAAGGAGAAAAUGGAUGCAGUCAAAAAAGAUGAAAAAGAAGACGAGAAAGAAAAGGAAGCAGAUGAGAAGACUACCAACAAAGAAGAGAAGGAAAAAGAUUCCAAGAAGGAGGCUACAGCAGACGACAAUACUUCCUUGGACAAUCUCAAAUCUCGCAUAGUCUAUCGAGAAGCCGCAGCCGAACGAACACCUCCUAAUCACUAUGACCUCCUCUUGCAUGCCCUUACCAAACCCGACAACAAUUUGAUUACCUGGAGUGACAACCAUCCCACUACCCAGUCGCAUCCUAUUCCAUUUUUGCCACAACCCGCACGCGUUUUGCCCAAUGUCUUGACAAGGGACGAAUGUCAACAAUUGCGUCGUGUCACGACUACCCUGGGCUAUCGAUCUGAUCAUCCCGUCUCACAGGCCCACCCCACGGGGAUUGAUAGUUGUGAAUUGAUGGUCGACUCGGAAUCCAUUCUCAAUGUGAUUUGGGAACGUGUCCAACCGCAUUUGCCCGCUACACUGACCGCCCACAACAAGACAGUACAAUUGUUUGGCAUCAACCCGCGAUGGCGUUGUUUCCGAUAUGGACAAGAUUGUGUCUAUCGACCUCAUUUGGAUGGCAGUUGGCCCUUGUGUUAUUUGGAUGAAGAGGGAAAAUACCAUUGCCCCAAACAGCAGAAGCAACAAUAUUCAGAUGCCAUCAAGUCUUAUCUGACCUUUUUGAUUUACCUCAAUGAUGACUUUGAAGGCGGAGAGACGAGGUAUUACUUGCCUCAAGGCGUUGCCCGUGGGAUUGUGCCACGAGCAGGAUCGGUGGUCGUCUUUCCACAAGGCAACCUGGCGUCGUUGAUUCACGAAGGAUCGCAGGUUACCAAGGGAACCAAGUACGUGGUGCGGACCGAUGUCUUGUAUCGACCGGCUGGCAAGGCGCAGGAGAACGGCGACAACAACAAUGAAAUAGAAGAAGUCGGGGAGGAGGACGGCAAUGACGAACAGGAGCAGUGAUGGACUAGCUAGGUUAUAUAUGCUAGUGCUUAUAUCGUAAUUCUACACAAGAUGUUGUAAAAAGCCCGAGACAACUCCCAUAAGCAGCUAGAGAGACUGCUGGUAUUGUAGUUACGGUUAUAGAAUCGUCC